UAAUUAAUGCUGCAAAUGUAAUUUCAUUCUGUAAAUGCGUUUGCGCAGAGAAUACAACGAUAGCUGCGUUAAAUCCUGGACAAAUUUGUGCAGAAUGCAAUAGGACCUUUUGUAGAAAUUAUAUGAAAGAAAAUUGUUCGGACUCCCAUGGAAAAUUUGAAGGCGAACCGGGUAAAGGAAAAGAAGGGUGUGAAAUACAAGUUACAGCCACAUGUUUUGAUGCGCGCUGUUCAUUAGAUGUUUCAUGA